UUUGUAGUUCUUCCUCUUCCUCUAAUUCUACCUCUUCUUCUUCAUCUUUUUCUAGUCCUUCCUAUUCUUCUAGUUCUUCCUCCUCUUCUUCCUCUUCUUCUUCCUCUUCUUCUAGUUCUCCCUCUUCUUCUGGGUCUUCCUCUGCUUCUAGUUCUUCAUCUCUUCUUCUUUUUCCUCUUCUUCUAGUUCCUCCUCUUCUUCUGGUUCUUUCUCUUCUUCUAGUUCCUCCUCUUCUUUUAGUUCUUCAUCUUCCUCCGGUUUUUCCUCUUCUUCUAGUUCUUCAUCUUCGUUUAAUUCUUCUUCUUCUUUUAGUUCUUCAUCUUCUUCUAGUUCCUCCUGUUCUUAUAGUUCUUCCCCUUCGUCUAGUUCCUCCUCUACUUCUAGCUCGUCUUCUGCUUCUUCUAGUUCUUCAUCAUUUUCUACUUCAACUGCGACGUUU